AUGAGUCUUCCCAUCACUAGUGCGCUGCGCAUCUUGGUACCUGGGAGGAAACAAGCUCUUCAAACACAGGCUUUCUUCUCUCUCUCCUUCCUGGAGAAGCUAGACAUGAGCCGUAAUAACCUCACUCAGAUUCCUCCUAACUUCUCAGAGAGCCUGGCUGCCCUGCGUGAGCUGCGUCUGGACCACAAUGCACUGGUGCUGUUGAAACCUCCAGGUCUUGAGCAUCUGGAGAACCUUGAGAAGCUGCACCUCAGCCACAAUCGCAUCCGAUCUCUUGAGCCAGGUGCGUUCCGUGGCCUGUCCCGCCUGCGCCACCUUUACCUCCAAGGGAACCUCCUGGGUGUUGUGCGAGACGGAUCCCUCACCAUGCUGCCUGCCCUGGAAGUCCUGCUCCUGGGCAACAACAACAUCUCUAGGAUCGAGGUCAUUGCACUAGCACCGUUGCGCAGUCUGUCUUGGUUGGGUUUGGAGGGGAAUCAUCUGGAGCACCUGAACUUCAAGACGUUCCUGAGCUUGCACACGGCUGCUACGCACCUGCAGUUGGCUGGGAACCCCUGGAACUGUGACUGCGACCUGCACUGUGUCUUCAGCAAGCUGCUCAGCGUGCGGCACCUGCACGUGGAUGACUAUCGCAAUGUAACUUGUCGGGAGCCUUGGCAGCUCACCGGAGCUUCUUUGGCUUGGGUGGACAGCCAGUUGUGUGUGGCUGAGACCGUUACUGUGUUAGUCAUCAUUGCUACUGUGAUUGUGACCGUGUUUGGUGCCUUGGUCAUGGCGGAGAGAAAACGCAAGAAACAAAAAUACUGGGAACAGGAUGAGGAGGAACCGCAAGAGCAGUAAGGCGAUUUUGCAUGAGGUUAGGACACUUCUUUUCUCUUUUGAACUAUGAAAACACAGAUAAAAUGUCCUGCUUUGACCCUUUUUCCCAACAAAGAGCAGGUACACAAAUUCAAGCAAGAAGCUGGACUUGAUACAAUGAAUUGAGUCGAUGUGGUGAUGGAAAUUGAGACUCUU